AGUUACAAGUCGAAUCCGUGUUUUAUGAAAACAAGUUAAAUAAAAAAUUUUAAAUGUACUAAAUGACAUUUUAUAGUAUUGGUUAUACAAAUUGACAAAAUUCUACACUUUAUGAAACAGUACUUAUAAUAUAAAUGGAACUCGAAAAAAAGAGAAUCUCCGUAAGCUGUGGGUUGCUUCCAUUUUCGUGCUUUAAAAUCAUCUAAAAGGUGGUAAUUGAAGUUUAGGUGUGGAUAAAGGAGAUAUAGACAACUUCAUUGGAGAUUUAUAUGCAGUACAAAUUUCUAUAUAAAAUGCGCUGUUCUUUAGGGUCUUUAUCCUGGAGUUAGUCCUUAUAAGAUAUAAAGGUGGAAGAACACCUGCUGCAAGGUCAAUCGAAAGAAGUCGACAAACUAGUAUUCCCCCAACUUCUUUAUCACCUCGUGUUGUGCUUUCUAGAUUGGAACCAAGAGACUUCGAAAGAUUACGUUUGUCUUAUAAAGUCGCAAUAGUAGAUCAGAGAAGAUCUCGGAGUUGCCGUGGUAUGAACAUGGGUCAAAAAAUAAGCGGCAGUGUGAAAUCUGUUAACAGAAAUGACACACAAACGCCUUUUAAGCCAAUUAUACCAAGGGAAUUAGCGGCCGAUUUUGCAAAACCAGCAAGAAUUGAUAUAUUACUAGAUAUGCCUCCAGCAAAUAAAGAAACACAACUUAAACAUUCGUGGAAUUCUGAGGAUAGAUCACUAAACAUUUUUGUUAAAGAAGAUGAUAAACUAACUUUCCACAGACACCCAGUUGCACAAAGUACAGAUUGCAUACGUGGUAAAAUUGGUAUGACCAAAGGAUUACAUAUAUGGGAAAUAUAUUGGCCAACAAGACAAAGAGGUACACAUGCAGUUGUAGGUGUUGCCACAUCCGAAGCUCCACUACAUUCUGUAGGUUAUCAAAGCUUAGUGGGUUCUUCUGAUCAAAGCUGGGGCUGGGACUUAGGAAGAAAUAAAUUAUAUCACAAUUCUAAAAACUGUGCAGGAAUUACCUAUCCAGCGAUCCUUAAGAACGAUGAAGCUUUUUUGGUUCCUGAUAAAUUUUUGGUUGCUCUUGAUAUGGAUGAAGGAACAUUAAGUUUUAUCAUAGAUCACCAGUACCUUGGAGUGGCAUUUAGGGGCUUAAAGGGUAAGAAAUUGUACCCUGUAGUUUCUGCUGUUUGGGGUCAUUGCGAAAUAACAAUGAGAUACAUUGGAGGACUUGAUCCUGAGCCAUUGCCACUAAUGGAUUUAUGUAGGCGAACAAUACGACAGGAACUUGGCCGUGCAAACUUAGAAGAUCGGGUUCAACAACUACAUCUUCCGCAUUCAAUGAAAACGUAUUUAUUGUAUAAAAAUCGUAGAUAAUAUUUUUAUUAUAAGCUAUUGAUAAUUAAAUAUAACUGUAAGAAUUUUAUGUUAGUAGCAGUUUUUGAUUAUAUCGCAAUAAGUUUAUAAAUACUCCGUUUAGAAUUUUUUUGGUGUAAUAUAGUUAUAAGUUUAUAUGGGCUUAGUUUUGUAAAUUGACAACAUUGUAUACAUAAGUAUAUCGUUCAAGAUAAUAAUGAUAUUACAAUAAUCUCAAUAUUUAAGAUAUAAUAAAAUUAAAUAAAAAGAGUAAAACUUGGCGAAUUCAA